UUGUAUAAACCGUGGCACGUGUUUUGUAACAUGCUCGGAGAAUUUGAGAAUGGUGCAUACCCGGCAAACACAGCAUGUGCAAUUAAGCCAUUUGUCCGUUACAUGCAUUCUCAGAUCGAUGUUUGGGUAGGAGAUCCUUGAAAACACGCAUAGGAGUUUCAUAUCCACGAGAAAUCACAUAGGAUGGCCCUCACAAACGCACUACUACAUGAGCUGUCAACGAACACCCUUGAAAAAAAUAUAGAAUUAGUGCGUCUCACCCUUCGUUCAUGUGCCUACAUACCUCGGAAACGGGAAAUCAUUUUAUUGUGGCUUUCCAAAAGCAUCCCCCAGCAGACACAGGCCAGAGCUGAAGAUGUUUUAACGCUGUGGAAGCUUCUUCACGAAGUACUACAAGACGUUGUACCCGAACAGCUGGCUAUUCUAAUGCAGAAGGGUUUUCUUGAGCAUGUUACACAAGGUAUCCGAAUGCAACUUCACCCCGACACUAGCCAGGAAUGCUAUGUACUGAAAGUUGCAAUAUACUUGCUUGAGAAGACACCUUCAGGCAUACUCUUCCUGAAACAGAAUGACUUGGAAUCAAUGCUUCUUACCGUGCUCAAAUGCUGUUGUGACACUAUGAGUGAAGGAAAAAACAAUGUUGAGCUGAUCUCUGUCCUCUCACUACUACUGCACAGUAUUACAUCCUCAUUGCAGAAGCGCCCAUAUUCUGUCCAAAGCACAAUUCUGCAUUUGAAGCCACUGUUAGGAUUCAUGAUGAUGAUGUUGAAGCUUACUGAGAACAGCUCUUUGCCUGAACUGGUUCAUAUUCCUGGCCAAAUAAAGAAAGCCAUAAGUGCUGCCCUUUUCAACAAGAACAAUCUUAAUGACUGGAUACAGUGUCUCAAAGCUAUACUUGAGUCAGAAGAAACUGUGGAUGGACAUACUCCAGCAGUAUCUGAAAGUGCCAAGAAGGGGUCCGUGGUGACUAGUACAGAAGGAACAAUUCCCAAGCAAGCAGCAGUGACGCCUCAAGUUCCUUCAAAUAUUGUCACGCCUGCUCCGCCCUGUUCCACAACCACACCAUUAAAAAAAACUACUUGUCAGGAGUUGCCUCCAAAAGAAAGCCUGCGACAAAUUCAAAGACUGGUGGAUGAAGCCUUUGAAUCCAUGGCGAGCAGAGGAUACUCUGCUGCUGACUAUAUUCCACUCUGUUUGCCUGUCAUAUUGGAAGGGUUCAUGUCUUGCAACAGAUCUGGCAACAUACACUGCAACGUCGCAUUACUGGCCUAUCUUGUCACACUCCUUGGCAUAAGAUCUGAUGUUCCAUUCAAGAAGCUAGAAUUCCAGGUGCUUCAGCUGACUGAAGAGCAGAAACUGUCAUGUUUCAAUAACUUGCUGGAGGUGUACCGAAUAAGUGAAGAGUACCAUGCAAUAAUGGUACUACCCCAAAAGAAAAAAGGCUCAUUCAGACCUAAGAAGUGGUUUCGGGAAGUCGGAACUUGCCUCGAAAAGACUAACUAUAAAACUGCUGCUUGGUUUGCUUGUGUCAAUACGACAAUGCACAUUUCUCCAAACCUAGUGGAAGGAAUUAUGGUUAAAGCCCUCCAGAAGUGCUGGGUCACCAACAGUUUGGAAAAUUCUGAUAUCAAGAAUGCACAGGACAUGCUCCUUGAGAAUAUUGUCCUCACUUUUGAAAAGUUGUUCCGCAUCCCCAAGCUACUGAGAAAUAUUUUCUCGUCCUUGUCCUCUUUGAAAGGGGAGGACAUAGGGCCUGUACAUGUCACAUCAAGCUUUCUGAAAAAGUUUGCAAAGUGUUGCACAGGAAUGUCUUCAGGGCAAUUGACAGAGUGUUGGUCACUUUUUUUAAACCAGCUACGAUACUGGAUUGGAAUCAGCAAAGCAAACGAGAACAACGUGACUCGAGAGAUCACUACCACUGUGGAGAUAUUCUGCACAUUCCUGCACCACAUUCAAGUAGCUGCACCAACAAUGCCAACAGUUGACGUUACAAAGAUUUCUGACCUAAUGGGCGAAACACCUAAGCUGGCAUCACAGAUGCUAGACUGCAGUACUGAUGGAUACUUGGACAAGUGUGCAUAUUGUGCCUUGCAGAUCUUUCAUGCUUGGGGUGAAGUGCACAUCGUACUGCUCUCUUACAGGAGAUCAUAUAGUCAAGCAAAUAAUAAACCAUCUUUAGAAGCACCAUUAGAGGACAUUGACUUAUCAUACUUACAACCAGUGUUGACAACUGAGAGAGUCUCUAGUUUGCUUGCACCGUUACCUACUUCAAAAGAAGUGCUGUACGCCCUGUUGCUCCUAGAAAUUCAGAAAAUUAGGGCUCUUCUACUGUGUAGUGAGGCAACUGGUGACGCUGCUACAGAGAGCAUAGCAGCAGCAGCCACAUUUAUUUUCUCCCAUGCUAACAUGAUGGCCCCUUGUCAGGUGUGGGACCAACGAGUUUGUGGAAUAACAGAAGAACAGUUCGCUACUGCUGCACUCCAGCUACUGCUCACAUACAGUCCAAUUAUAGCCUCUUGGUUAACAGCAAAAAAUUUGGUUCGUCUGUGUGAGUGGCUUUUGCAUGUAUUGGAAGACACUAUGGAUGUAACGCUGUCUGAGUACAAUAUCAUACCAAAAGGCAUUGUUAUGGAGUAUCUGAAUUCCAGUUCAUUUAGAGAAAGUAGGCCAAUGCAGACAGCAUAUGUAACAGCACUAUUUCACAACCUGUCCGAGAGAAUUAGGGCUAAGAAAAGAUCUCAUGACAUGGAAGGCACAACAGCAACAUACAAGUCCCUGUUUGAAACAUUAUCAUUCUCGCCAUCAACAUGGAAAAAAUAUGCCGAGAGCAUACCCCAGAUGGAUAAUACAUCAAAGAAACUUGUGGAGCCUGAUGACUUGAACAAAAUGUGGAACAAUAUACACAAUGCAUCACAGCUGACUUCAAGUAUCAUGAGUUCAUGCGAGUCCAGUGAAUGUGUGACUAUGGAAAGCAUCACAUUCAUCCUUCAGGCCAUGGAAUAUCUGCCCCUUGAAGAUUUGUUCCCUGGAAAUCAGACAAGAUGCCUUCUUGGACUUUUGGGGGUUCUUUUCCUGCUAAGAAGUGACGUAAAGAACAAAACAUGUGCCUCAGAGAAGACCAUGUUGAUAAAGACCACCUGUAACCUACUCAUGACCCUCCUGGAUGGUACAAGACGUCCAUGGUUGCUGGACUUUCUUGAUGGCGGUUUCUUGUUCGACAAGAUUGUCACACUGUUCUCCGAAAACUUUUCUCAGGAUCUUGAUGACAUUGCCCUGUACAGAGUAUACGAGGAACUCCUGAACAUAAUUGUACGAGAUGCAUUUAGGAAAAGAAACACCUUGAGGACGUUUACACCAUUAGUUAAGCAGUUAAAAGACCUUAUCCCUAAAACUGACAUCUUCAAGUCAGCACCAUUUUCAGCAGCAGCCAUGGUACUUUUCAUGCAGUUUGUGAUGGAAGUCUCAAAGAAGUUCCUCCGUAAAGAUACAAAGCGCCAUAUACAGAAAUCUGCUUCAACUCUUUCUAAGGCAUUCAGCUUGUGGCUCACUCAUUUCCUGAAAGAUAGGACACUGCACAUUGAAGGCAGAAAGCAGGCCUUUCAGAUCAGUGCCCUUCAAAUAAAGUAUGCUGUAGCUGCAUCUCGGCGUCAUACUGAAGAAGAAUGUGAAGAGCCUUGCAACGAAGCAGUGUCAGCAGUUCUUUCUAUGGCAUGCACAGAUAUUAUGGAGUCUAAGGACUGUUCCAGAAUGCCCGAAGAAGCAUUGGCAUUCGUUUCUGUAGCAAUUAAGCAUAGGCACAGUCUGCCAGCACUUCCUGACCUCUCUGUUCCUGAAAUCUGGAUGAGUGCAAGUUUUGUAUUUACAAUGGCAGCAAGGCAUUCAUCUGAGUGCAUGCCUCUGACACUGGAGAACAGUUUGUCUGAGGAUCAGGUUAUGUUCUUACAAGGAAUUUUUAAGUGCUGUACAUUGAAAGAGGUCACAGAUAUACUUGGAAAGCUGUUUACACUGAUGCUCAAUGAUGAAGCCCAUUCAUCCACAGUCAAGGUUUAUUUGAAAACCUUUCAAGUUCUGUGUUCUAGCCUGCCUGAUGAUGUUGAAGAUUCUAGCAGAGAAAUAGCAAACCUGCUGCAGAAGUUCAUUGAACACUUCGCAGCCACCUUUACAUUCCUGGAUAUGGCAAAGGAUACUGAGCUUGUGACAGGCAUAUUGCAGAUACUUGAAACAUUACUGCGUCUGAAGAAGCCAUCAAUAACUCAUCAGUCAAGCUCCGUCAUAUUACAAGUGCUGUGCGCUUUGGAUCUCGGUGCAGCAUUUAACGACAUGAAGUUGUUCUGCGAGUGCUACAGGAUAGUCUGUGGAAUGCUCAGUGUGUUCCUUCAGCACCGCGUGUACUUGAUUUCUGGGUGCGCUUCAAUAAUUCACACCUGCAUUGCAAUGCUCAUUAGAAGCCUCGUUAGGGCUAGUGGUGUGGAAGAAGUUCGAAGAUACCCAAGUGUAGUUGUGCAUGGGCUACUACUCUGUGCAUCUUCCCUUGAAAGGUUAGCCACACUUAUGUCAGCACACGCAAGAGAGUUUGGUAAGAUCACACCAUUCCUCAUAGCGGAAUAUGUGACAUGCUCUGUGGACCUCACCUUGUAUACACCAAUUAAGCAAACACUGAUGUUUGUUAUCUACAAGCUCUUUGACAUUUCAAGUAUACACUCCUGUGAAAUGGUCCUGGUGACCAUCCCGAAAGAAGGCAGAGAAGUGUACAAGUCCCUGUACUCGAACUCCAAGAAAUUGCGUUUUAAAGGCAAGGUCUGAAAACUCUGAAAAUAAUGUAUAAAACAAUCACUGUGAAAUAAACAGUUUUUAUGAUGUGCUCCA